GUGCGUUUGAUUACUGCACAGCUAAAUGGCGGAUGAGGACAAGGGGCUGAAGCUCGAACAAUAACACUUCACAUUCCCAGCAAAACGCUUCUCCGUCGUUUCAGUUUGCGGAUGCAAAUCCCGCAUGCACGCCGUGCAGUCAUUCAUAUGUGACUUUAGUGGUUCGCUCGUUUAGUUUAGGCUCGACUGAUUGCGAAUCUUAGCGGAGCUCCAGAGGAAGUCGGUCUCUUCAUGGUGGUUGUGCUAUGGGGGACUCGCUCGGUCUGAUCGGGAAGCGGCUGCUGUUGCUGCUCAAUGACGGGAACUCGGCGCCUGCAGCGUUGGGCGGAGAGGUGGAGCGGGCGGCCUGGCUCCGAGGGACCGUGCGGGCGGUCAGUGUGAUCGGGCUGGCGAGCCCGGGGGUGGAGGUGUUUGUAGAAUUUGAGGACAGCCCUUGGCGUCAACGUGCAUGGGUGCAAUUGUAUGGGGAUGAAGUGCGUGUCGUUCUCAUGGAGAGUGCCAUCGUUUGGGCCAACUGCAGCGAUCCUUCCCUCUCCACUGCUCUAGGAUCAUCUGCUACACAGUGGCCUGCCUUGAUGUUCAAACAGCUGAUUGACCGUGUGGGUUUAGGAUCUGUGGUCCCUGUCGAGUUCUUUGGUGCAAGAACUUUGGCGUUUCUCCCUAAUGGGAAUUCACUGCACACUUUUGAGACUGAAAAAGAUUUUACACACUCUCUGCUUCAAGAGCAGCCAGCACUUCAACAUGCCAUUUCAAGCUGGCAUACAGACUCUGAGUUGCAGGAGAUCCUGCGUAAGGGAUCUUACACUAUUCAGGGUCGGAGAGUACAGGUGUACCAGCCAGAGUUUGAGCAGCCCUGGGCCUUUGGACUAGUAUCUCAGCAUGAUCCUGUUUCACACAUUAUGGAGAUUACCAUGGAUCAGAGUUGUUUAAAAGGUGAGGAAACACAAGUGGUUGAUCCUCGGGUUAUACACGUAAUGCUUGCUGAAGGCAAGUUAAAUGAGAGCCAAGAUCGACGCAAAAAGGAGGGUGAUGGUGGGAAAGGUGAGGGCAGUCGGCGACGUCGGACAGCAUCUGAAGGAGAUGAAGACAUUACACUCAAACGUUUCAAAGGAGCCGGGGAAGGUGCCUCUGACAGCCAGAAUGGAAAUGGCUCCAACAGGGACGCUGAGGCUAUGGUAACAUGCGUAGAGAUGCCGGGAAAGGGAGUAGUAGAGGGAAAAGACGAAGCGGGUGGUUUGGGUGGGAGGUUGACGAGCACCUGUAGUCCAGUAGCUUUGCCAAGUCAAGACUCCUCUAACAACAGCAAUUCCUCUCAGCAGGAACACUCCCAUAUAAGGAGCACAGGUUUUGUGAAGGAGAAUGGCAGUUUUAUCCCAAACCAAGAAAGGAUUUCUUCAGUGACAGCAGUGCUUCCUGCUUCUACUCCAACGCCACCUCCUUUGAAGCCUGCCCCAUCACCUUUUUCUAAUACUUUUCCUUCUUUGGGUCAAAUGCCCAACUUGGUGCCCGGGGCCCCUGCCCCGAAAUCAUCUCCCACACUUCCAUCCUCAGAGAGGGAGGAGGGAGGUGUGCUUUCAGGGUAUCCUAAAACAGCUGCCCUGGUGUCUCCAGGUCCUGUGACCAUUUCAUCACCUUCCCAAGAAAAUACUUCAAGUGUGGCUCUCACUGCUCCUGUUGAUGCGAACCAAAAGCCCAGUAUGUGGGGAUCAACCUCAGAAGGAAGCCAGACCCCCAAAGCCCCUGUUCUAGCUCCUGCUGGAUUUGGUAAACAGUCUAAUGAGGGAGUGUUUGGGAAUGUCUCAACACAGACUAAUGGAUCUUCCCAGGGGGACAAGCCCUUUGGGUUUUCAUUUAGAGGCGCAAAGGACUCGCAAAGGCAGGACUCUGAUACGUCACAGAACCUGUUCUUCCAAUUCAUCUCUCAGAACCAGAGCAACACACAAGGCCAAUCAAAGGCCUUCACAUCUUUGUCCGAGUGCCUGAACAAGGAGCCGCCCAGCCUGUUCAAGUCUGCUGCUCCCUCUGAGGGUUUCAAAAAAACUGUUGUGGCUUCUGCAUCCACUGGACUGUUUGGUUCAGCACCUGCCAGUGGCCUGGCACCACUGAAAGAGCAGCCAAAAGUGCCUGAUAUCAAGCCUGCAGGCAAUGGGAUCCUUAUAAACAAGCCUUUUGGUGCUGUAGGGGAGGCACAGAGCAAACUCCCAGCCACUUUUCCUUCAGCCAUAGUUCAAGCUGCAAGCUCUACAGAGGUGCUGAAACCCUCCUUGGGAUUAGGAACCAGUGGACUUGGAAAUGCCAGUGGUGGAAUUAGAAAUGUAAAUAGCUCAACCCCAGUGAGUAGCUUUGGUCUACUUGCUGGCAGCAAGGUUUCAGAUGGUCACGAGAACCUGUUCUUGCAGCCCUCAAAGGAGACAAAUUCGUUUCUUGCCUAUGGCAGAGGUGUUCCGCAAACCCCUUUUGGUGCAUUGACAUCUCCAAAGUCUUCGUCUGUCCAGUCCGCAUCUGCUGUUUCACCUUCAGGCAGCACCAGUAUGCUCAGUCAAGAUCCUUCUGGUAACGAUGCCAAACCAAAUCUCUUCACUAUGGCAGAACCUCCCAAGGGAAUCUUAGCCCCUCAGUUUGCUGCUCCUGCUCUCAUGACCACUCCGUCAUUCACAUCAUUUGCACAGGAUGGACAACAAACAUCCAAACCAAACAAAGAAGGAUCUGAUGACAGCUCUGGAACCCUUCACAGCACUGAAGGAGAAGGUGUCUCUGUGCCCUUUGAGCAAAGCAAGUUUUCUUUGGAGGAACGUUGUCAGUCUAUCAAAAAGGAUUCAGAGUCUAGUAGUAACAGUGACUUGUCUGAUUUGAGUGAGGGAGAGGACAACGCUGGCCAGAGCCAGAAACCAGAUGUUCCGGCAGGCAAUGAGGAUAAGAUUAAGGCCCAGGCUGUGGCCAAGAGCCGGCCACGGAGCAAACCAUUUAAAGUUGGACAGUCUGUGUUGAAGGACCAGAAUAAGGUUCGACGCUUGAAGCAGUCUGGAGAGGCCUUUCUACAAGAUGGCUCCUGCAUUAACGUGGCUCCCCACUUGCACAAAUGUCGUGAGUGCCGUCUGGAGCGAUACAGGAAAUCGCGUGAGCAGGACUCUGAUGACGACGACCCAAACGUAGCCUGUCGAUUCUUUCACUUUCGCAGGUUGGCUUUCACUAAGAAGGGAGUUCUUCGUGUGGAGGGGUUUCUGAGCCCACAGCAGAGUGACAGCAUGGCAAUGGGCCUGUGGCUUCCUUCCAUUACAAUACAAGAAGGACUUGACCUGGACACGUCCAAAUAUAUUUUAGCAAACGUGGGUGACCAGUUUUGCCAGUUGGUCAUGUCAGAGAAAGAAGCCAUGAUGAUGGUAGAACCACAUCAAAAAGUGGCUUGGAAGCGAGCUGUCCGAGGAGUAAGAGAAAUGUGUGAUGUGUGUGAAACAACACUGUUCAACAUCCACUGGGUUUGUCGUAAAUGUGGCUUCGGUGUUUGUCUUGACUGCUACCGACUACGCAAGAACAGGCCGCCUGAAGUGGAAGACGGUCCUGAAGAAGAGGUGUUCUCAUGGCUAAAGUGUGCUAAAGGCCAGCCACAUGAACCACAGAACCUCAUGCCUACUCAAAUUAUACCCGGCACGGCAUUGUACAGCAUAGGUGACAUGGUACAUGCAGCCAGAGGUAAAUGGGGGAUUAAAGCAAACUGUCCCUGCACCAGUCGGCACAAAACCUUGAUGCGGCCCAGUGCUCCAAACGGUUUUUCACAGUCGGGUGCAGCUCACAGUUCGGGGAAUGGAACCACGUCUACUUCAUCCACAACCCGUCCGAAUGAAGAAUCUCCAGCAGGUGUUGUAGUCAAAACUGAACCCGUUGAAGAGCCUACAAGUGCUGAUACCGCAUCAAAUACCAGUGGGACAAAUAGCAGCACAUCUAGCCCUGCUCCUGCUCCAACUUCUGCUCCUACUCUUCUUCCUCCUCCGCUUCCUCUUGCUCCUGCACUUGUACCUACAUCUCCUGCAAAGGAUAGCAAGAGCAAUUCUUCAGCACUUCACUGGCUGGCCGAUCUGGCCACACAAAAGGAGCCCAAAGAGUCUCUGCGCUCCAUGAUGGGUCGUGACUCUCGUUCUCCAUUUGGCCUGGACUCGUUCAGCACACUUUCCAAGCCAUCAGGGUCCAGUCCUAAGCUCUUUAACAGUCUGCUGCUGGGUGCUGGCCCUUCACAACCCAAAGCAGAGGGUACCAGUCUUCGAGAUCUGCUAAACUCUGGCUCUGGCAAACUCCCGCAAGGUCCCACAGAGGGAGGUGUCCCAUUUCCUCCAGUGUUCUCCACGGCUGGUCAGGCUGAUAAAAUGAAGGGAGGUCUUCCUAACUUCCUGGACCAUAUCAUUGCAUCAGUAGUGGAGACGAAGAAGUCCGAGGUUCGUCGUGCGUCAGGUUCAGCAGAAGUCAUCGAGUCUGCCACUGCUCCUCGUAGAGAGGGGGUGAUGGGGCUGAGUGUCCUGGACCCACACACUUCACACUCUUGGCUCUGUGAUGGCCGUUUGCUCUGCCUGCAGGACCCCAGCAACCCCAACAACUGGAAGAUCUUCAGAGAGUGCUGGAAACAAGGACAGCCUGUGCUGGUCUCAGGCAUACACAAGAAGCUGAAGCAACACUUAUGGAGACCUGAGGCCUUCAGCGAGGAGUUUGGAGACCAGGACGUGGACCUGGUCAACUGUAGGAACUGCGCCAUCAUCUCUGAUGUUAAAGUCAGGGAAUUCUGGGAUGGCUUCCAGGUCAUUUCCAAGCGAUUGCAUGGUAGUGAUGGCCAACCUAUGGUACUAAAACUUAAAGACUGGCCUCCUGGAGAAGACUUCAGAGAUAUGAUGCCCACUCGGUUUCAUGAUCUCAUGGACAAUCUUCCUUUGCCCGAGUACACAAAGAGAGAUGGCCGUCUCAACCUGGCCUCUCGUCUUCCAAACUUCUUUGUUCGGCCAGAUCUGGGCCCUAAAAUGUACAACGCGUAUGGUCUGAUCUCCACAGAAGACAGGAAGGUCGGCACCACUAACUUGCAUUUGGACGUGUCUGAUGCCGUCAACGUGAUGGUGUAUGUGGGCAUCCCAGAAGGAGAGAAUGACCAAGAAAGUGAAGCAGACCUCGCUGGAUUCAAAGAGGUGAUGCAGACUAUUGAAGAGGGUGAUGUAGACGACAUGACGAAGAGGAGAGUCUACGAGAUCAAGGAGAAACCUGGAGCUCUCUGGCACAUCUAUGCUGCCAAAGACGCUGAGAAGAUCCGAGAGCUCUUACGAAAGGUUGGAGAGGAACAAGGUCAAGAGAACCCACCAGACCACGAUCCUAUCCACGACCAGAGCUGGUACCUGGACCAGACGUUGCGACGCAGGCUGUAUGAGGAGUAUGGAGUCCAGGGAUGGUCCAUUGUGCAGUUUUUGGGAGAUGCAGUGUUCAUCCCAGCUGGAGCACCACAUCAGGUGCACAACCUGUACAGCUGUAUCAAAGCUGCAGAAGAUUUCGUUUCUCCAGAGCACGUGAAGCACUGUUUUAGACUGACGCAAGAGUUUCGCCACCUUUCCAACACUCACACAAACCACGAGGACAAGCUACAGGUGAAGAACAUCAUCUACCAUGCUGUGAAGGAUGCUGUGGCAACACUAAAAGCCCAUGAGCCCAAAUUAGGCCGUUCUUAGUUGGACGCCACAAUGAGAUUUUGGGGUUCGGAUGAGGCCAUUGUGCAAAACAAGUUGUUUAUAAUGGAAAGUCUCUCAAAGUUUUGGUAGGAUGAAGGUGCUGCUUCAUCAGUGUUACAAAAGCAUUCUUUAGUUUUACAGUCCUCCUCUCUGCAUUUUUAAAAGUCUGUUCUUUUCUCAGCAUUUGUUGGACUGUUCAAAGAGCUGGUUAUAUAGCUGACGUGAAUCUUUUAAAAGGCCUUCAACAAGGUUUCCUUACCAACGUCUGUGAAAAGUGAGCACUGGGUUUCCUUCUUAGAAAACAUUCGUUUUGUACUCUUCAAUGAAGGAGAGCUUUUAGUUCAGAUGUGGGGUCAACAGAAAUUCAGUUCAUUGAUAGAUUCCCAACACCUUUUCAAGGAAAGGUGGACAAGAGCAUGGAAGGGAACUAGACCAAAGUUUUUUUUUGUUUUAUUUUAAGUUUUUUUUUUGGAUGAAAACACGUCUUUUGCUUUUUUUGUAAUAUGAAAUUUAGGUAAUAUUUCACUGACAACAAGCGUUUGAUUGGCUUUGAGGAAUGGUUAUUCAUAAAUCAACAGUUCCAGUUCUGCAGAACUACUGGUCAUUAACGUGUAUCAGUAUAUAUAUUGAUCUUAGCAGUGUGCAUGAUUUUUUUCCCUCCAAAAAUAAAGGUUUACAAGAAAAGAUUUGGCCCUGUUAUUUGAAAUGACAAUGAAUUUCUUAGCUAUCUAUUUGUUUAAUGCUUACUGUUUUAUUUUAUAAGACAUUUUGUGGUUCGUGGAUGACACUGCAAUAAACUAAGGCUUUUGAAAUAUU